AUGCUUAUUGAUAAAAAAUUACUUAGAAGUAAAAAUGAAAAUAAUAAUUUUGAAAUAUAUUCUAAUAUAAGUUAUAAUGAAUUACAUGAUCCAGAAUUAUUUGUUUUUAAUCAAGAAGGAUAUAAUAAUGCAUAUGAGAAACUUGAAAACGAAAUUAUACAACAAUUAGAUGACAAUAGAGAUGAUAUUGAUUUAUUAGAAGAUACAGAAGCUAUAACCAUUGAAUUAACAAAUGCUGAAGAAUCUGAUAAAACAAUUAUUAUUA